AUGAAUAUUCUGUUAUUUAAGCGCGAGCAUGGUCAUGGUGGACAGUCAAGCGACACAACUUCGCAAGGGUCCCUUUCUAGUACCGCGCUUCCUGAAUCUCCAGGACUUUUAGAAGGGAAGAUUCUCCCCAAAUUGCCUACUCCUUUUGCCAGAAGUCUCUCCACCAUUCCUAGUUAUGAGCAAAUGAAGCGUACUAAGAAAUUGCCCGAUUACCAUUUAAAAAUAGUCGUUGUGGGGGACGGUGCCGUUGGGAAGACGUGCCUUUUAAUAUCUUAUGUGCAGGGGACUUUCCCGACAGAUUAUAUCCCAACUAUUUUUGAAAAUUAUGUGACAAACAUAGAGGGCCCUAAGGGCCAGGUUAUAGAACUAGCGCUGUGGGACACUGCUGGUCAAGAGGAGUAUAGUAGACUCAGACCGCUCUCAUACACAAACGCCGAUGUCCUAAUGAUUUGUUACUCUGUAGGCAGCAAGACAUCAUUCAGGAACGUGGAAGAUCUUUGGUUUCCGGAGGUCAAGCAUUUUUGUCCUUCUGCGCCUAUCAUGCUGAUUGGCCUGAAGUCAGACCUAUACGAAGCUGAUGACCUCUCAGAUUUGGUGGAUCCUGAGGAGGCCGAAUCUUUGGCCAGGCGGCUAGGGGCGUUUACCCAUGUCCAAUGCUCAGCUCGGUUGAAAGACAACGUCAAUGAAGUUUUCGAAACUGCCAUACACACAUUGCUAUUUGAUUCCCUGUAUUCUAAGGAGCCUUCAUAUACAAUCAAAAAUCCGUUUAAGAAAUCUUCAGCCAAGUCAAGUACAGAUUACUCUGCUAGGGAUACUAGCAUUUCCAUUUCUAAAACAAAAGGGACAAGAAAAGUUAAAUGUAUUCUGAUGUAA